AUGUGGGAACCAUCCCUUCCCUCCGACCCUUUCUCCAACAAGCACAGACUCUCAUCCUCAGAUGACCCAGAAUCCCAACACGAACAACAGCCUCGCGGCGUACGUUUCAAAGAGUCAGCACUCAAUUCUGAGCUUGAAAUCCGAUCUUACGAAGAGAGUCACGAGAACGCCUCUCCACCCAAUGAAGAAGAGACGAAAGAUAGCAGCGAUGAGUCUGGGGUGGUGAUGGAGAAGGAGAGGUUGAGCGCUACGGAUGUGACGUGGAAGGAUCGCUUGCAGAAGUUCACGUGGAAUUGGUUUACCAUGGUUAUGGCUACGGGAGGAAUAGCGAACGCCAUCAACUCGAUACCUUUCAAAUUCAAAGGCCUCAACACCAUCGGCAACAUGUUUCUCAUCCUGACCAUUGUACUCUUCAUCACCUGCUGUAUUCUCAUCACCAUCCGAUUCUACUCGCGACCGGGCUCAUUCAAGCAAUCCUUCCUCGAGCCCUCGGAAUCACUGUUCAUUCCAGCAAGCGUAGUCAGCUGUGGAGUGAUGCUCAUGGCUUUCGCCAAAUACGGUGUACCGAGUAGCGGGAAGUGGUUGCAGACUGGUCUGGAAGUCCUAUUUUGGGUGUAUGCUGCGAUGGCAUUCCUUUCAAGUUGUGCUAUAUAUGUGAUUCUAUGGUCAACCCAGCACUUCUCCCUUUGCGACAUGACACCUAUUUGGGUGUUUCCCGUCUACCCUCUCCUAAUCCUCGCCCCAAUGGCCGCAGCUCUCAUCAACUCCGUCCCCACCCCCGAUGACACCCUUCGCAUCUCAUCCAAAACCAUAAUCGCAGGCGCCACUACCCUCCAAGGCUGCGGCUUCCUCGUCUCGGCGCUCAUCUACAGCGCGUUCCUCUACCGUCUCAUGACCAACGGCCUGCCCUCCCGCCGCCAGCUACCUAGCAUGUUCGUGUCCGUGGGUCCAGCUGGCUUCACUGCCACUGGCGUGAUACAGCUCGGUUCCCUGGCUUCUAAAGCUAUCCCUGUGACGAAAGUAGGAGAUGCAGCGACUGUGUCUGUAAUCAUGCGUGUGCUGGCGUAUGCUGUCGGGCUGGUGAUAUGGGGGUUCGCAAUCUGGUUCUUCACGCUGAGUGUGUUCGGACAGUGGCGUCUGCUGAGGGAUCGUGGACAUGGAAUUAAAUUCCAUGUGACGUUCUUCGCGUACGUAUUCCCGAAUUCGGCACUGGUGAGUGCGACGCAUAUGGUGGGUCAUGCGUUUGAGAAUAAUGUGGUGGAAAUUUUGGGAACGGUCUUGGGCGUGUCGUUGAUUGGGGUGUGGAUUGUGGUGUUUUCGAAGACGAUUUGGGCGAUUUGGAACAGGAAAUUGUUGUGGCCAACUGACAAGGAGUCGUGA